GGAAACGUCUUACAUAGCGGUGCAGCUUCAACCUUACGGCACCAUGAUUAUAAGUAUAUAUAUUCUCUGUUUAAGACAUUGAGUGACCCUAUGGAUGUAAUUUGGAACAAACUGAAGAUUGCAAACUACUUAUUUUUGUAAAAGCAGGAUUAAAAAAUGAGCAACAUCCUCCAUGCAGCAUCAAAAGUGAGAUGGAAUCAGAGCACUGCGGCGAAAAGAGCGGUGUUCCUGGCGGCCGCCGCAUACGGAGCGAAGACGCUUUACCCCAUCAUCUGCAAACAAAUAAAUCAACGGAAAACAACCAAGAACAACACGUCUGCACCGGGACAUGAGAAUGGAUUGAUAUCUGCUCCUAAAGCUACACCAGAGACUGCUUCUAGCCUUAGUAAAUCACCCGGCGUCAAUGCGGAAUUCUUCAAGCAGGUUCUUGAACUGGUUCAAAUCGUGUUCCCGAGGUUUGUAACUAAAGAACUGGGUUUACUAUGUUUACAUUCACUAGCUCUGAUUUCAAGGACGUUUCUGUCUAUUUAUGUGGCAGGUUUGGAUGGUAAAAUCGUGAAAACGAUCGUAGAGAAGCAGCCGCGGAGCUUCAUGAUCAAACUGAUGAAAUGGCUUCUGAUCGCCAUCCCGGCCACAUUUGUCAACAGCGCGAUCCGCUAUCUGGAGUGCAAGCUCGCGCUCGCGUUCCGCACGCGUUUGGUGGAUCAUGCUUAUAAAACGUAUUUCACCGAUCAGACCUAUUAUAAGGUCAGCAACAUGGACGGGAGGCUGGCGAACCCGGACCAGUCUCUAACCGAGGAUGUGAUGAUGUUCUCGCAGUCCAUUGCGCAUCUGUACUCAAACCUCACCAAACCCAUCCUGGACGUGAUACUGACUUCAUAUACCUUAAUACAGACUGCGAGAUCUCGGGGUGCGAACGCAACCGGACCCACUCUCUUAGCGGGUCUGGUGGUGUUCGCCACGGCGAAGGUCCUGCGCGCUUGCUCGCCGAGGUUCGGUAAGCUGGUGGCGGAGGAGGCGCACAGGAAGGGCUACUUGCGUUAUGUGCACUCCAGAAUCAUAGCCAAUGCAGAGGAGAUCGCCUUCUAUAGGGGACACACGGUGGAGAUGAGGCAGCUGCAGAAGUGUUAUAGUGCCCUGGCGGAGCAGAUGAACCUCAUUCUAUCAAAACGUCUGUGGUACAUCAUGAUUGAACAGUUCCUCAUGAAGUACGUCUGGAGUGGAAGUGGCCUUGUUAUGGUGGCAGUGCCCAUUAUCACUGCCACUGGCUUUGCUGACAACAAGCUGGCUGACGGUCAGACGCAAGUGUUGGUGAGUGAACGAACAGAGGCCUUUACAACAGCUCGCAAUCUACUGGCCUCAGGGGCUGAUGCCAUUGAAAGGAUCAUGUCUUCUUAUAAAGAGGUCACCGAGUUGGCUGGCUACACGGCACGUGUGCACAACAUGUUCUUGGUAUUUGACCAAGUCCAGAGGGGAAUAUACAAACGUUCAUCUGCCGUCUCGACCGCAGGGGAGAUGAUAAGCGGGGAUGAUAACCGACCUGAGAUGCACAUCGAUGGGCCUCUGGAAAUCAAAGGUCUAAUGAACGUAGCACCAUACAUGUCCAUCGGAACGUUACGGGACCAGGUCAUCUACCCCGACUCUCUAGACGACAUGCAUGACAAGGGUUACAGAGACAAGGACCUGGAAGUUAUUCUGGACAUUGUCAAUCUAAACCACAUUGUUACCCGGGAAGGAGGGUGGGAUGCUGAGCUGGACUGGAAAGAUGUUCUUUCUGGAGGCGAGAAAUACCACACACACCUGCUGCAGUUUGACGGGGAGGGCGGCUGGCGGUUCGAGCAGCUGGAUACGGCCACACGGCUCUCACUGACGGAGGAAAAGCAACGCUUGGAGUCUCAGCUCGCAGGCAUCCCUAAGAUGCAGCUCAGACUGAAUGAACUGUGUAAGAUCUUGGGCGAAGAUUCGGUUCUAAAGACGGUGGAGAACAAGGAUGAGGACUGA